UGUUACCACAAUGAGCAUAUUCGAAGACUACAAUUCGACCUGUGACAGUUACGACGACAACAGACAGCCGAUAGGAGCUGACGUUGUGGCAGGGAUGAUUCAAAUACACGGCAAGAAACAAUUAAAGGAUGUUCAUUUACUGGAUGCCGGAUGUGGAACAGGCAAUUACGCGAAGGCUUUAAUCGGCUAUGGCGUCGGCAAGGUAACGUUGAUGGAUGCUUCAUCUGGAAUGCUUAGACAAGCUAGGGCAAAAUUAGUUGAUGCUAUAGCUGAGAACACCGUCGUUAGCAUCAUUAAAAACAAACUUCCGGAGAUGCCGUUUGGAGACGGAACAUUUGAUGUCGUCCUAUUUAGCCUUGUCCUGCAUCACCUGAAUCCUGACUCUGGAAAAGACGAUACUGUACAUUUUCAAGAACUUGAGCAAACUAUUGCCCAGGCUCGCCGGGUGCUGCGUCAAAAUGGAGUCAUUGUUAUUAUUACACAAUCCGAGGACGACCUUUAUAAUACUUGGUUUUACCAUAUCAACAAGGAAAUAACGAAGAAAUAUGCCAGGAAGUUUGCCUCAGUUCGCCAGUACCUGGAGAUUUUUGAACGCGUUGGAGUUAACUGUAUUCAAAGGAUGAGGCUUUUGGGUACUCUUCUUUCAGGCCAUUUUCACCUUAAUGGUCCUCUCGAGAAAUCUUGGCGUGACUGCGACUCUUACUGGGCAUGCGCAACUGAAACUGAAUUGGAUGAUGUGAAACAAGCAAUGUGCCUAUUUAAAGAGAAAGGAGAACUUAAUGAAUGGGUUAUCAAGCACGAUCGUGUAAAUGUAGAUGGUAUAGCUACUAUGUUUGUAUGUAAAUAGCAAAUCAUAUUUUGUCUAUCGUGUAAACGCUAUAACAUCAUAUAUUAUUAUCCUGUAAUUUAGAACCUUUAUUGAAAUAUAAAUAAUACAAGCUUUAUCUUAUAUCGCGUACGACCUGUUUUGUGAAUCAUGAUUGAAAGUAUAUGUUAAAGUUAUUACAGCAUGCAAUACGUGUUUGACUGUAAUGGAAUUGUUUUAUGAAUUUAUAUCAGAUUUACAAUAAUGUAGUCUUGUUACGUUGGAAUGUAGUAGUUUUCUUCAAGUGCGAGUCGAGUGA